AUGUCCCUGCUGCUUGUCCCAGAGCUCAUGAGUGUCUCUCAAAGAAGAUUCUCUUUUGCUUCAUGGCAGAAACGCGCGCUUCUUGGGCUUAAUGUCGACUUUGUAGCCACUUCUUGCCUACACCAAGCCACGGUGCACGAGAUGCCGAGCGACACCAUGGAAUCAAGCUCGAAGCGCCGCAAGAUUGGCCAUGAGAGCAUCGGCCUCCGCCACUCUGGUCUUAUUGACUUUGAGUCGCGAAAUACGGCUCGCGUUAACGCUGCCAGCACCUUUGUCCUGCAGACGGACGAGCUGUUGAAGGAGGCCAAGCCGAACUACGAAAAGGCACUCCAUGGUGUGGAUGGCCAAUUGCACCGACUUAAAGGCAUAAUCGACGCAAUUGAGCCUCAUGAUCCCAGACCAAUCUCCGAGGCCACCAUCAAAUUCGAAAAAGAGCAUCGCAUCGUCAUUCCGUUCCCCGAUCCAAAGCCAGCAAAGGAUGCCCCCUACAAGGUCUCUUAUGCACCUCCGUCACAAUGCAACGUCGUUGGAAGCUAUGUUUCUCGAACAAUGAUCAAGACGCAGUCCGAGUUUGGAAUCGACAUGGUCGUCCAGAUGCCCACCGCGCUAUUCCAGGACAAGGACUACUCGAAUAUGCGAUACUUCUAUCGCCGAGCCUACUAUAUUGCGUAUAUUGCCGCCUGUGUGCGCAAGGAGUUUGCUGAGGAGAUGGACAUGAGCUUUGAGAACCUUAAUGAGAACCCCCUGCUACCGAUUGUCGUACUCCGACCAAAAGCUCCGAGCGAUGGAAGCGAUGACCGAGAGGCCAAGAAAAAGGCCAAGAAGACAUCUUACCACAUCAAACUGAUUCCUUGUGCCCCUGAUGACCUGUUCCCUUGGUCCAAAGUGACGCCGAAGUCGAACAACAACCGAUUGGGCGAGGUGGAUGAGAAGAAGGCCGCUCAAGCAGCGACACCGUUUUACAACUCCACCCUGAACGCCGAGCGAACCUUUAUUCCUUACUUGCGUCUGCUUACCCACAUCAAAAAGGAAUGCCCUGCUUUCCCAGAUGCUUGCAUCCUCGGCAGGACGUGGCUUCAGCAGCGUGGCUUUGGCAGUGCCAUCUCUCAGGGAGGCUUCGGUCAUUUCGAGUGGGCAGCCAUGAUUGCUUUGCUUUUGCAAACAGGUGGUAGAAACGGGCAAGCAGCUCUAUCGACCUCGCUGAGCAGCACCGAACUUUUCAAGGCGGCCCUCCAAUUUCUAUCUACAACCGAUCUCAGCAAGAAGCCUUACGCUUUUGGUUCCUCCAGCGUUUCCGCGGAUACCAUUCGAGAGGCCGGCCCUGUCAUGUUUGACCCCGUCAGGCAACUCAACCUCUUGUUCAAGAUGACACCUUGGUCGGCUAGCUUGCUGCAGACGUACGCAAAAUCAACCACAGAUCUCCUCGCCGACAUUAUGGCGGACAAAUUCGACCCCACAUUUAUCAUCAAGGCCGAUAUUCCGUUUCAAACAUUCGAUGUCAUUUUCGAAAUCCAGAGCUCCGAUGUGGCAAGAUUCUCGGAAACCGCUGACCGUAGAGGUGCCGUGGCGAACUUCUGUCUCGAAGCAUACAAGCACCUCAAGCGGGCGUAUGGUGAACGAGCACAGCUUGUACAAUUCCAGUUGCCCCAGAGAGGACACUGGUCACUAUCCAAACCUCCGGCCAGAGAAGUCCUGCGUGUUCUCAUUGGCGUCGUCUUCGAUCCUGCUCACAUGCCAAGACAGAUGGAGCUUGGUCCACCUGCGGAAGAGCAAAAGGAGGCUGCGAAAUUCCGACAAUUUUGGGGUGACAAGGCCGAGUUGCGACGAUUCAAAGAUGGCAGCAUUCUAGAGUGUGUCGAGUGGUCAAGUAAGCUUCCGUUGCAGAUCUGCGAGGAAAUCACGCAUUACAUUCUUCAACGGCAUUUGAAAAUCGCGAAGGACAAGGUGACAACUAUUGGCGGUGCCUUUUCUUCCAUCAUUAGCCUGUCUCAUCUAGACAAAUCGGCCUUUGAUUCCGCCCGACAGGCAUUCCAAGACUUUGAAAGAGAUAUCCGCAACCUCGAAGAGUUGCCGUUGCACAUCAGACAGCUUUCUCCUACCUCUUCGUCUGCGCGCUAUGCAUCCAUCGAGCCGCCGUUGGUGGGUUAUCAUAAGGGAUCUAUCGAGCUCAUGGAUGUAAACCUGUAUUUCGAAGCAUCCAGCAAGUGGCCCGAGAAUCUCACAGCCAUUCAAGAAGCAAAGGUCGAAUUCCUGCUCGACAUUGACAGGAGAUUGAGAAAGGCGAAUGACAAAAUCAGCACUUACUUGGGCCGUGAGAACAAGGAACUAGGCAUUGAGAACUUGGCCUUCCUCGAUAUCAUUUACGAGAAUGGGGCAGCAUACCGACUUAGGAUACACUGCGAUUUGGAAGAGAAGCUCCUUGAACGCCAAGUCAAGAAUAAGACGCUCGAACCUCGUGUUCGAGAGGAGGCUGAGAAAGCCUUUGUCAAACUGAACUGGCUGUACAACAUUCUCCCGCUGCACACCCAGACCAUUGCAACAUUCUGCACUCGCUUCCCUCCCCUGUCGCCAACCAUCCGGCUAGUCAAGCAUUGGUUCAACUGCCACAAGCUGACCGGCCACAUCCGCGAAGAGCUCAUCGAGCUGUUCGUCCUUCAUGCCUUCCUCCAGCCUUAUCCCUGGAAGCAGCCGUCAUCCGUGGUUACAGGCCUGCUACGAACGCUGUUCUUCCUUUCAAAAUGGGACUGGCGAGACGAAGCUUUGAUCGUCGAUACCGCCGAGGACCUCUCCGAAGACGUCCGUUCCUCGGUCCACCACGAGCUUCAAACCUGGAGGAAACGCGACCCCAACAUGAACGACAAGGUCAUGUGUGUAGCCACCUCCCACGAUCAAUCCGGCCUCGCAUACACCCGCGGCGGGCCCUCAAAGCUAGUCGCCUCCCGCAUGACCCAUCUCGCAAAGGCAGCCUGCAAGCUCGUCCGAGAAAAGGGCAUCCGCCUCGACCCGUCUCUUCUCUUCGAAGCCGCCCUCCAGGACUACGACGUCCUGUUCCACUUGUCCCCCAAAGCUAUCAAGUCCAUCAUCCGCGAAACGGCCGUUGAGGCCGGCGCGAGGAAGCACUCUCAGUUCAAGAACCUCGAUGCUCUGACAGCAUCCGUCCCGCUGCCCAUUCGCGCUCACCCGACAGACGUCUUUAUCGAGGAGCUGGAGCGUGUAUACGAAGACACAUUGCUGUUUUUCAAGGGCAGCGCAGAUGAUGGUGUUGUGGCAGCCCUUUGGAAUCCUCGACUGCAGAAGCAAAAGUUCAGGGCAGGUCUGCCGUAUAACUUCCGUUCCAGCGUGGGUGACGGCGACCAAGUCGAAGUGAAUCGCAAGGCGGUGCUAUUAGAAAUUGCACGAGCCGGAGGAGAAAUGAUUAAGAAAAUUGAGGUGGCAGACGAGGACGAGUAAUUAAUUAGCCUGACAAAACCAUAUUUUUUGGAAAUGAUUGUAUAUAGCACCCUUGUACGUAAAAAGUCCGACGCAGGACGGACAUAGCAUUGUAUCCAGCUUGUAGUGGUUUCUCAACCAAACAGAAGCCCCUUUCUUCAUUAGAAUACUACAAAAAAACACUUCGAAAAAUAAAUUUCCAGUUCUUC